CACUCGGAAAUAGUACUUCCCUCAUGAUACCAUCUCUCCCUCUUUAAAGCCUUCUCGCUUUGUUUUUUCUUUCAUUUCACUCUCCAGAUCUCCCUCUUCAGCCCAAGCAGGAAAUGGGUGUCAUAUCCAGAAAGAUAUUCCCAGCAUGUGGGAGCAUGUGCGUAUGUUGCCCUGCUUUGAGGUCCAGCUCUCGAAAACCGGUCAAGCGCUACAAAAAACUGCUUGCGGAAAUUUUCCCUAAAUCUCUUGAUGGCCCUCCAAGUGAAAGGAAAAUUGUUAAGCUAUGUGAAUAUGCUUCUAGAAACCCCGUUCGGAUCCCAAAGAUCGCAAAAUAUCUCGAAGAAAGGUGCUACAAGGAGCUAAGAUGUGAGCACAUCAAGUUCAUUAAUAUUGUUACAGACACUUAUAGCAAGUUACUUUGUCUGUGCAAGGAGCAGAUGGCUUACUUUGCUGUUAGUUUAUUGAAUGUAAUUAAUGAACUUCUGGACAACUCCAAGAAAGAUGCUGUGCGUAUUCUUGGAUGCCAAACUCUUACAAGGUUCAUCUAUAGUCAGGCAGAUGGAACUUACACACACAACAUUGAGAGUUUCGUACAUAAAGUAUGCCUGCUGGCCCGUGAAAGAGGUGGCGACCAUCAAAGGCACAGCUUGAGGGCAUCAAGCUUGCAGUGUCUUUCUGCCAUGGUGUGGUUCAUGGCAGAAUUCUCUAAUAUUUUUGUUGAUUUUGAUGAGAUUGUACAUGUCAUCUUAGAUAACUAUGAGCCAGAUACCCAUGGCGAAGAAGAUGAUGAGAGAGCAGAAUCACGUCGUAAUUGGGUGGAUGAAGUAGUUCGAAGUGAAGGCAGAAUUGGUGCAAUUGUUGGUAGUGAUACCAGCCCUUGCAACAUCAUUAGGGCACGACCAGAGAUUAAGGAUCCUUCUCUUUUAUCGAGAGAAGAAAUAGAGACGCCAAAGGUAUGGGCUCAGAUUUGUAUUCAGAGAAUGGUUGAGUUAUCCAAGGAGAGCACAACAAUGCGCCGAGUAUUGGACCCAAUGUUCGUCUACUUUGACUCUGGCCGUCACUGGGUUUCUGGGCAGGGGCUGGCCAUGGUGGUUUUGUCGGAUAUGUCCUACUUCAUGGAGAACUCUGCGAACCAGCAGUUGAUUUUAACUUAUGUGAUCCGACAUCUUGACCACAAAAACAUUUCUCAUGAUCCUGAACUCAAAUCUUAUGCGGUCCAAGUCGCUACUGCUUUAGCUAGGCAAAUCAGAUCGGGAGCAAUGCUGGCAGAAAUUGGGUUUGUCUCUGAUCUUUGUAGGCAUCUAAGGAAGAGCCUUCAAGCCACUCUUCAGCCUGUUGGAGAGCAAGAGUCCAACUUGAAUGUCAUGCUCCAGAAUUCCAUUGAAGAUUGCUUACUUGAAAUUGCAAAAAAGAUUGGCAAUGCACAGCCACUAUUUGACCUGAUGGCUAUAACUUUGGAGAAGCUGCCAUCAGGAACAGUUGCUAGGUCGACCAUUGGAUCGUUGAUACUUCUCGCGCAUUCAAUCUCAUUGGCCUUGGUUUCUUCACGUACACAACAGGUAUUUCCGGAAUCUCUUCUUGUCCAACUUUUAAAGGUGAUGUUACAUCCGGAUAUUGAAGUGCGUUUAGGAGCACACCAAAUAUUUUCUAUUCUUCUUGUUCCAAGUUCUAAUCGUCCACGGCAUGAAGUUGCUUCUCUGCGAUCUGGCUUUCUAUACCAAUCAAGAAGAUGGCACUCUAGUACCGCAUCUGCGUUUGCUUCAAUUACGGCUAGACUUGAAAAGCUCCGUAGGGAGAAGGAUGGUGCCAAAGCCGAUAAGCACGGGAAUAACAUUCGUGAGGAUUCUGAAGAAAGGGACAGUGUGGACGAAGUCUGCAAGCAGGGACGUGGCCGCAAGAAUUCCCCUAACUUUUACAAGAUUAGUUCCAUCAUUGACAGAAAAGCCAGUUCAAUUGGUUUUAAUGAGGCGGAACCUUUUGUCAUGAGGCUUAGUGAGGAUCAAGUAGCACACUUGCUGUCUGCUUUUUGGAUACAAGCCACUCUUUCA